AUGACCAUUACGGACUUCACCGUGCGCAAAAAGAGCUACCGCUACCUCACCACUCAGGCGAGCUACCCAAACCAUGAUUCCAAGGCGGUCCUUGAUGCCUUUGAUCCCACCAAGGACCUUCAGUUGCAAGAUCUAAACAGCCUUGUCGAAAAGGGGGUACAAGGAGGCGCCCCGGCCUGGUACACGGGAUGGCCCAAGGAACAGGUGAACAACUUUAAUUUUUGGCAUCGCCCAAUGAUUAGGUCCACAACGGUUGGCGAAAAGAAAGAGCAGCAUUUUGAUAAAUUGUAUGUGCUGGACCAUGACGUUCUGGAGAACGGGAGCGACCCACUGGCAGUCUCUUGGCCGGCAAAGGCCUUCUCGAAAACCGAUCCGGUUAAGGUUCCAAAUUUGGAGGCGUGGUUGAUAAACGAGGAGCUCAAGCAAGAUCGCUCCAAGUUGUUCGUGAUGGAGGAUAUCACCGACGAAGAUCCUGAGACGGCGUACAACCUACUGGUUACACGCAAGCGAAUGCCCAUUCCCAAGGAGUUCUUGGAUAUCACUUGGGACGGAUCGCCGGCACGCAAAGUCUUGCGAUUGGUGAUUGACAGAAUCAAGAUUCUCGCCAACAGCGAGGAGCCUGAAAAAAAUUCGGAACUUUCGAAGAACAUCGGAGAACCUGCUGUUCUCACUGCGACAUCUGCCCGACGCUGGGUUUCCGGAGUAAUUAAUUCGGAUUUCGCCGGAUUGGACUCGGAGGACUCAACUGGAGAUUCCUCCAACAAGACCUACAAACUGCUCACGAAGACCUUGGCAGCCGUCGAGGAGAGCAAUAAGACGACCAAGACCUCCGUGGAAUCGCUUUCGGAGGUGGUGGUAGCGGGUAUCCAGGGACAAGCAUCGGACAAGGCGCCCCCAAAUACAGUGGAAAAGAAGUGGCCCACAAGGCUCUCCUAUCUGAAGCGAGUUGCUGGUACUACGACCUCAGCUCAGCUCCCCACACUCUGGCACGAGCUAGCAAAGUGCAAGAAGCACGAAUCAAUUGGAAUUGUGCAGUCCCUGCUGGACGAUGAGGCCGAGAAACUGAACCUCAAUCUGGAAUUCAUUGUUUCAGCCCGAGUAAUCAAGAGCCUGGUGGAAUUGGAAUUUUGUUCGCGCGGCAACAUGGAAAAGGGUUUGAACGUGUUGAAUAGUGUCUGUUUCCAGCACUACAAAAAUGCAACCGCGAUCAACGAUUACAUAAAAACCGAUUAUUGGUUGACGGGCGAAAAGACGACCGCAUCAAUGAAGGAUCAUCAAGCCCACGACAAGAUCAAGCAUGCUAUCUUCGCAAAAGACCCCAUGCAGUUCCGUGAGAUGGUCAAUGGCAUGCGAGUAUUCUACCAUGUAGUGUUUGGGAAAACUCAUCCACUGACCGCCGUGUACGAAUGGUUUGCAAAGAAUGUGGACUCGAUCGCAUGA